AUGUCUCUUAGAGAUGAGAAUAAACGAGAAGACAAAGAGUUAUCAACUUCUCCUGAUCCCUUAGAUGUUCUUUCAUCACCUAAAGUGUCUUAUUUAACACCUCUUCGUUUACGAGGUUCUACUCAGACUCGUCAAGAAUUUGGGUUAAGCAGUGAAAUUCGGCGCAUAGGGCUCUUUGUAGAUAUAGGCAAUGAUAAAGAAGAAGUUUCUCCUAAAAAAACAAAUCAACAAGUAACAAAAACAUCUGUUUCAGAACAUAUAGAGAAAAUACCAGGAGAUGUUUCAGAUGUUUUUUCAGAGUUUAUUUCAAACGAAAAUAGCAAAAAAGACUUAGAUAAGUCUAAUGAAAAGACAAAAAAAACAACAUUAAAACGGAAAAAAAAGACAACAAUUAAACAAUGUUUAAAUGUUAUUAAUCAAAACAUUAUACAGGAUGAUAAAGAUGAUCUGAAAAUACCAUUGAAAAAAAAAGCUAAAAUGGUGGAUUUAAAUAUAAAGAAAAAAUAUAAUGCAGUUGCAUCUAAAAAAAGAAAAAUAGAAUCUGAAGAUCAUUCUGAUCAAAAUUCAAUUAAUCUUGAUAAUACAAGUAUUACAUCUUCGGUUUCUAUGGAUAAAUUAACAGAAAAUUCUAUACAUUCAAAUAUUUCUUCUAAAGAAUCAUAUUUUGAGGAAAAACAUUUCAUACCUACUCAAGAUAUAUUUCUUCCGAAAGACAGUACUCUUUCUUCCUCUGAAGGAACUGUUAUUUUAAAUUCACAGCAAAAAAAUACAGAAUUUUCUUUAAAUACAUUUAACAUUUUAGAAAAUGAUAUUGAAAAGGAUAUGGAAAAAACAACUAAUAUUAAAAAAGAUAUUCAAGAGGAGGAUAAUAUACAAAAUAAUCAAGAAAAUUUAUUACAAUCGGAAAGUUUAAUUCCUUUAAAUAACAUAUCAUAUCCAUCACCUAAAUUUACAUCACCCAGAAAAAAUAAAUUAAUAGAAAUAUCUAGUUCAUCAAAUACUUCUGCCAAAAGGGUUGUUGAUGUUUUAAGACGUACUGGACAUUUUGAGCUUGAAUCUGUUGUUUGGGGUCAAAAAGAUUCAAGUAAGUCUGAAAGAAUAUCGGAGCAAAAAAGCAUUUGGACGAAGAAUGAAUGGAGACUUUUAGAGCAGUUAUUAAUUAAACAUGGGAAAGCAAAAUUAGCUUUAGAUGAGUUUCUAAGUUUAAAUCAGGAUUUUCCAAAAAGAGAAGUUAAUAAGCGAUUAAGAGUUCUUUUAUUUAAAAAAAAGGAAAAUUGUUAUAUAUAUCUCAAAAAAGAUAAAACCGAUAAUUCUAUAAAAGUACAAGAAGAUAGUAAAAUUUCAAGUUUUAUUUUUGGAUGGAAAAAUUGGUUAAGAUGGUAA